AUGGAUAUCUUGAAGAUAGACGUCUUGGAAAUGUGCGCGCGCUUAUCGAAGUCAAGCCGCCUUGAGAAAGAAGAAGCCGCAGAAAAUACGGAUGCAGGAAAGUGCACAAAUGGUGGCAUGGAUAUUGGACGAUCCACAGAUAUCUGGGGCAUCGCCCGGUCGGACCGAUAUGAGAUAUACCUGACGUUCGCCGAAUACGGCGAGACGUACCUAAAGUACUUGAAAGGUAAGCUCGGUCCCAAUGAUCCGGUCUCGUUUCUGACCAUGCAUGAGUUCGGGCCAUGGGAUACCCAAGACCAAAGUCAUAUGAAGCAUCUUGCAGAAAUCCUCCUGGCAAUCACACUGUGUGCGGAUGCCGACGCGGAGUCAGCUGGACCAGGGAAAUCCGGGCCACCAAAAAAGGGCGGACUCUUCUAG